AUGCUGAAGACUAAGAUGAUUAUGGGAAAGCUCAAGAACCAUCUUCAAUUAAUCCACAAAUAUUCCAGUAGAUUUCAAGCUGCUGGAGCUGUUGCGGAAUUUGUUGAAACGCCGAGAGCAGCAAAUAAUGAAGAGGUGGUGCCAAAUGAUGUAAAAGAAGGAUAUUUUGCUGUUUUUUCAGUGAAUCCAGAGGAGGAGCCAAAGAGGUUUGUUGUGGAACUGCAUUGGCUUACAAAUCCAAAAUUCUUGAAUUUACUAAAGCAAGCUGAAGAUGAAUAUGGAUUCGUACAAAAGGGUGUUCUUGAAGUUCCUUGUCGAGCCGAGGAAUUACAGAAGAUUCUGCAACACAAGAUUGGAAGGAAUAUCUCUGGUUUUGCAGUUUAA